AUGGCAGCGGUACUGAGGUGGUGGCGGGCUGGGCUGCUUGUGCUGCUGCUGCGCGGGGCGCGCGCCGAGCAGACUGAGGAGCACCUGAAACGGGAGCACUCGCUCACCAAGCCCUACCAGGGUGUUGGAUCUUCCAGCUCCUCUCUCUGGGAUCUUAUGGGCAAUGCCAUGGUCACGACUCAGUACGUCCGCCUCACACCAGACAUGCAGAGCAAACAGGGGGCCGUGUGGAACAGAGUGCCUUGUUACCUCAGAGACUGGGAGAUGCAGGUCCAUUUUAAAAUCCACGGGCAAGGCAAGAAGAACCUGAAUGGGGACGGCUUUGCCAUCUGGUACACCAAGGAUCGCAUGCAGCCAGGGCCCGUGUUUGGGAGCAAGGAUCACUUUCUGGGGCUGGGGGUGUUUGUAGACACCUACCCCAAUGAGGAGAAGCAGCAGGAGGCUCAGAAGAGGCGGUAUGCCCCUGGAAAUCAGCGCGUGUUCCCCUACAUCUCUGCCAUGGUGAACAAUGGCUCUCUCACCUACGACCAUGACCGGGACGGACGGCCCACUGAGCUCGGCGGCUGCACGGCCAUGGUGCGCAACCUGAACCACGACACCUUCCUGGUGAUCCGCUAUGUCAAAAGGAGGCUGACGAUCAUGAUUGACAUUGAUGGCAAGCACGAGUGGCGGGACUGUAUUGACAUGCCGGGGGUCCACCUGCCACGGGGAUACUUCUUUGGGACCUCUUCAGUCACUGGAGACCUCUCAGAUAACCACGACAUCAUUUCCCUGAAACUCUACCAGCUGACGGUUGAGCGUAGCCCAGAGGAGGAGAAGCGGGAUAAAGAGGUGUUUCUGCCCGUUGUGGACAACAUGAAACUGCCCGGAGUGGAGGCCCCGCUGGAACCCAUGAGCGGCCUGGCCCUGUUCUUAAUUGUGUUCUUCUCACUGGUCGCCCUGGUGUUUGCCAUCGUCAUCGGAGUCAUUGUCUACAACAAAUGGCAGGAACAGAGCCGGAAACGCUUCUACUGA